GAGCCAAGCCAAGAUACAGUGAUGCAGAACCUUGAGAAAGAGAAAACCACAACAGACGAAGUGGUGCUUCAUCUUGAACAGCCAAACCCCAAACUCAAAGUCUCCUUUGAGACAGAGCCGCUCAACGACACAGUGACCAACAAAGACGAGAGGUCCCCAAACCCAACAAGAAACCGCACCCUCCGUCGCCUCAACUUCUCCAAACCCAAAUCCCGAUUCGUCGAGAUUAAUUAUCCACCACCGGCUUCAAAAUCUAUCCCUGAAUUAGAUUUACAGGAACCCCUACUCCCCAAUAGAAACGACCUUUCCUCAACCGAUGAUGACGAAGAUGACGAUCUCUUGAUCGAAGGUGAAGAAGAUGGAGAAGAUAAUACGGGAAAGUACCGAAAGAAGAAGCGAAAGAUUGGUAAGAGACUUAUAAUCGAAUGGGUUCUAUUUGUGAUCAUUUUGACUUCCUUGAUAUGUUCCCUCACGAUGAAGUCCCUCAAGUACCAAGUCAAGUGGGGGUUAGUGAUAUGGAAAUGGUGUUUGAUGGUCAUGGUCAUCUUCUCUGGUCGCCUUGUCUCCGCAUGGCUCGUUGGUCUCCUUGUAUUCCUCAUAGAACGCAACUUCUUACUUCGCGAGAAGGUUCUUUAUUUUGUGUACGGCCUCCGGAAGAGCGUUCAGAACUGUGUCUGGUUGGGCCUGGUUUUGCUUGCAUGGACAUUCAUGUUCAACCCAGAAGUUGAGAAAGACAAGAAGAUCUUGAAUUUGGUGUUUAAAGCAUUGGUUACGGUACUAACCGCAGCGACGAUGUGGCUGGUGAAGAUUGUGUUAGUGAAGUGGUUGGCUUCGUCGUUCCAUGUCGCAACCUUCUUCGACAGGAUAAAGGAGAGCGUGUUCCACCAUUACAUACUCGAGACAUUAUCCGGCCCGCCCCUUGAUGAAGAAGAGUUGAAGGAACAGGCGAAGAAGGAAAGCUUUACACACUCGAAAUCAUUACCGGCAAGGUUGAGAAGGGAAGGUGGGACGAAGAGGGCAAUGAUGACGACGACGAGGUCGAAGAGGUUCGGAUCAAGGAGGAUUGAUAUAGAGAAACUGAGGAAGCUAACUACCACUGCAUCACCUUUUAACGUGAAGAGGCUAAUGAACUACGUGAGAUCUUCGGGGCUGUCGACGAUCUCGAGGACCAUCGACGAUUUUGCUAACGCUGAGUCGGAGAUCACUAGUGAGUGGGAGGCGAGGAACUGCGCCCAACGCAUCUUCAAGAACGUUGCCAAACCAGGAGCCAAGUACAUCGAAGAGGAGGAUUUGAUGAGGUUCUUGGGAAGGGAGGAGGUCCAUACCAUAUUCCCUCUUUUUGAAGGUGCAUUGGAGACUGGACAAAUCAGAAAAUCAUCUUUCAGGAAUUGGGUGGUACGAGCUUACAUUGAGAGGAAAUCUCUAGCACAUUCACUUAAUGACACAAAAACAGCAGUGCACCAACUUCAUAAGUUAGCAAGCGCCAUUAUUAGUUUGAUCAUAAUUGUGGUCUCCCUUCUGGUGAUGGGGUUGGCUACAACCAAGGUCAUCCUAGUGGUCACAUCUCAGCUGCUACUAGUUGGUUUCAUGUUCCAAAACACAUGCAAGACUAUCUUUGAGUCUAUCAUCUUUGUCUUUGUCAUGCACCCUUUUGAUGUUGGUGAUCGUUGUGUUAUCGAUAAGGUUCAGAUGAUUGUUGAGGAGAUGAAUAUAUUGACAACCGUGUUUCUCCGUUAUGACAAUGAAAAGAUUUACUAUCCCAACUCUGUUCUGCUCACCAAGCCUAUCAGCAAUUUUUAUAGAAGUCCAGAAAUGGCAGACACCAUUGAUUUUACUAUUGAUAUCUCUACAUCUAUUGAGACUAUAACAGCUCUUAAGAAGGCUAUACAUGGAUACAUAGAGAACAAGCCGAAGUAUUGGAACCCAAAGCACUCAGUGAUAGUUACAGAGAUUGAGAACGUGGACAAGAUGAAGAUGUGUCUGUGUGUCCUACACACGAUGAAUCACCAGAACUACGGUGAACGGAAUAAUCGGAAAACAGAGCUUGUGUUGGAGUUGAAGAAGAUCUUCGAAAACCUUGGAAUAAAGUACCACCUUCUCCCUCAGGAGGUCCAUCUUACCCAAUUCCACAUGGCCAAUGCCAAUGCAUUCUUGAUUGAUCAUGUACGUGGUCUGGUGUUCUAAAAAUCU